CGCGAAAUAGGAUUUCUUGGCUAGCUACUUGAGAGAAGGGAAUUAUCACGGCACGCAAAGCCAAACGAGCCGACAAGGAAGCCAAUCUCCACCGGCCUCGCCUCCUCUUCCGCGCGGUUGAUUUGUAGCCAGUUCGUCGCGCGGCCUUGAUUUGUUUGAUUCCGUUCCUCGCUGCUCCUCGCCGGUUUGAUUGAUUCCGUGAGUUGAGGUUGGUGAUAAGGAAAGCGGAAAACGCACCCCAUGGGAUCCAAAGCGCCUCUCUUUCUCUUGCUCCUCUUGCUGCUUGUCGUCUCGGUGCCUGCACAAGCCAAGGAUGCUGAUAACGGCCCAGUCUACAAGGAACAAAUCUCUUCAACCAAGACUCCUGUCCAUCGCAAGAGUAGUAGCCCAAUAUGCUCAGCCUGUGAAAACUUCACGACUCAUGCGCUCAGUUAUCUCAAUGAGAAGCAAACACAAGAUAAGAUCAUGGAAUUCCUUCAUGAUGCUUGUUCUCAGUCAUUCUCCUUGAAACAGAAGUGUGUAGAGUUUAUGGACUCAUAUGCAACUAUACUGUUUUCCAAGAUUACGGAGAUCAAUCCAAAAGAGUUUUGCAAACAGUAUGGCCUGUGCAGGGACAUAGCCCUUUUCUCCGGUGUGACAAGUGACAACACUUGUGUGUUUUGCCACCACCUGCUUGAUGAAAUCGUGUCCAAACUGAAAGAUCCAGACGCAGAGUUUGAGAUCAUUCAAAUUCUCAUUAAGGAGUGCAAUAAGAUUGAAGGUCAUGUCCAGCAGUGCAAGAGACUGGUCCUGCAAUACAUUCCUCUCAUCCUGGUGAAUGGUGAGAAGUUUCUCGAGAAGAACGAUGUGUGCGCGCUUUUACAAGCAUGCCCGGCCAGCAAGAGGACAGUCAACUCAGACUUGGAAGGGGUGUUGCUCAGUGAUGCUUGAAGGUUGAAAGAACGCUCGAAGUAUGUAGCAGUGGUGCAAAUAGUGUGUACAAGCUAGUGCGAGUUGUACAUAAUAAGGUCAUGAGUGGAUGAGGGAUGGUGUCUUGUGUUUCUGCAUUCUUUUCAUCCUGUACCGUAAACACAUUAAGUAAACUUUUAUAUAUACAUCCAGAAAAAAUUUCAGCAUUAGUCAAAUGAAA